GCACACACCGUACCGGGAAGGAGCGUUGGCUCUGUUUACAUUCCACCCGUCCAGCAGACGACCGCUCAGUUCUCUUCGAGACUUGAUCGCGUGCGCAACGUCCGAAUCACGGCCGGUCUUCCUUCGAUCGUACUCGCGGCGUGUCCCACACUGUGUGCUUUACCUUCACCGAGCUAGCGGCGACGACGAGGAACUGUGUGUUUUCGAGUUUUCACCUGUGUGCGAGGGCGCGCGCGCGUUGCAUUCACAAGCCGGAGCAGUCAGUUCAGUCUGUCAGUGUGUAGUGUGUAAUUGCGCAGUCUCUUGUUUCACCGGAGCGCGACUUUUGCGGGCAACAAGGAAUCUAGAAGUGCCAGCAGAUCGCAUAGAUCACACACACGGUUUGUCAGUGGUGCAAUUUGACGGAGGUGAUCGCGUUGAUCCGGGUUCGUCGCCUGAUUUCUGGUGAAGUCUAUUUUGUUGUGCGUGGAUUACCUAAAUCUUCUGUACGUUCGGGGAGCAGUGGUGUGUGACUCAAAACGAAUAAAAGCGAUUUGAGUGUGUUUAGCGGCGCAAGAGAUUCCGAGUCGAGUGUUUGUGAUUGCUAAUUGAACAAGUGUUUUCGAACUCUUGGGCGUUUGAUAUUGUUUUCAUCGGUGAGUGGCAUCCAAAUAUUGGAAGAUUGUUGUUUGGUGCGUUGAAUGGCAACUAGUAAUUAGUGGCAAAACGCGUUGAUUGAGUGGCAGAAAUCAUUUCCGGCUGGCGUUUCACGACGAAUUCCGCUGAGGUUCGUUGAUGUGUAAAAAGUGCGAUUUCGACCUUUAGAACCGGUGGUGUGUGGUUUUGCGGAGCUGUGUGUUAGUACGAAGUGUCAUUAAGUCUAGGAAGUGAGUCGAGAACGUCAAGAAGACCGGCUUUGGAGUGCUGUUUGCUGUUGUUGUUAUACAUCCGUUCGAGCGAGAUUGUUGGCGACUGAGUGUGUCCAUUAGCUCUGUGAAGCCUUUCCCGUCGUAAAAGAAUGUUGUUGGAGUAGUGUAGCGAUAAGAAUAGAAGAGCGCUUUACGUAAGAGUUGUGGAAAAUGAGUUGACGAGCAGAAUUUGAAGUAAUAUAGUGGAUGCAUUGGAUAAACACCGAGACAAACUAAGAAGGAGCGGUCGAUUUCAUAGCGUUCCUGCAUUUGCUGCAUAUUUGAUAUAUCAAUGAGUUUCAUCAGCUACUUCCAGACAAGCUAACGCUGCUUUUCGAGGUUGGGCCUUAGAACGUUCUUAAAAGAUUGUUAGUGCUUCGAUGUGCCAAAGCCUUAUCACGCGAGAUUUUGCCAUCAGUCGUUGUCGGUUCCCGCAGUGAGAUGUGCCGCGCCGGUGAGAACUGAGCAGUAUCAGUGGCACGUGAUUUCUCGCACCCCCACACAGGUGGAUGCGUCUACGAUUGGACCAACUUCGGUUUCGUUGGACGUAUUGCCCGUAGGAUUGAAGGUCACGUCGUCGUCAGCACUCAUCAACACCCAUAGGAAGAAGGUCAGCUACGGAAUUCUUUGUCAUCAAAUUAAUUCCCAUUGGAUAAACAAAUCCCAAAUCCCAAACUCAAACAAAAACGUGAAUUCAUUACAACCGAAAACUUCGAACAGUGAUAAAACCCGUCCGAUGAAGUGGAACAUUUGAUAAUUGGGAGGUUCAUCCAGCUAUUGAAACCCUCAAUUUGGAUUCCCCAAGAUCAUCAACUGUGCAACAACGAUCUCGUUUCUCUGCCAAUCAAGAGCAGCUCUGCUAGAAUUCGGACCUCGAGGCAGACACGCGCGUGGGACGACUAUGUGAAUGAGUAGCCUUCUCUUUGAAAAACGUUUCGAUCCAGUGCUGAGUGAGGUGCUCGCGUAAAGCAUUGAUCAUGAUCAUGAGGAUCGGAACCCUGAAUAGCUGAACGAACGAACGAAAAAACUCCACCGGCCAAGGAGAACCAUCCGACCGAGUCAGCAACCGUGUAAUUACUAGCGUUUAACGUCCAACACCUCUCACCCACGCCGGCCUCUACUUUAAGUCGGAUUCCAGCAGAAAAAAAAAAUCCGAAAAAAUGCUGAAAAAUAUCCACGAGCGAACAGUCAAAAAGGUUAAGGGCAAUCAUUACGUUGCCAGCCACGGCGGUCGCGACACCGUCGAUCUACCGUACGCCCAGGCCAACCGAGGCUACUCCACCGAUGGCGAGGACAGCCAGCGGGCGCCGUCGGAUCGCACCGUGUCCGAGUACACGGUAGCUAACGAACGGGCUACGCCCCCAACGGCCCCCUCGCGCAAGUCCCGCUCGGACACCAAGUACCAGCAGAAUGGAACCACCAACGGUGGUCCCAGACCUCUCUCUAGUCCACCGACACGUGCCCCACCACGUGCACCGUCCGCGUUGAGCUACGACCAUGGCGGCGAAACCGGAAGCGAUAUCUACGUCACAUCGGCUGCCUACAAAGCUCCCUCGGAACUUAGCCGCUACAGCGCCCAUCGAAACCACCACAACACCUCGCGCGGUCCCCGAAGUGUGUACAGCGUGGCCAGCACGGCCAAGACGGGCCGCAGCUCGCGGCGCCACGGUGCCAAGGUCGAAGCCAUGUCCGCGCCGAAUCCGUUCUGCCCGAACGUCAAGGGCGUCUGCUGUUUGAUGCUCCUGCUGAACCUGGGACUGAUUCUGGUCACGCUGGGUUUCGUGAUAGUGAUGCAGUUCAUGGAACCGCUGUUCGUGUGGAUACUCGGCGUGGUGUUCCUGGUGUUUGGCUUCGCGACGCUGAUCGGCAGCAUGAUCUACUGCGUGAUCGUGUGCCGGGAUGCGAAGACUCCGGAACAGCUGCGCAACGAGGAUCUUUACUGGACCAAACACUGGCAGAAGAGCAUCGGUUACACGCCGCACGAGAUCGACUACAAAACGGAUCGGUUCGACGAGCGCGAUCGGUACUCGGAUCGGUUCUCGGUGGGCAAAAUGAGCGGGAAGUACUCCGAUCGGGAGAUUACCCGAUACUAGGAGACGCCGCAAAUUUGGAAGAAUUCGUCUGGCGCGCGUAAACACGAACAAGGAGAAUGUAACCAGUGUAACUGAAACGAACGUUACUAAUAAGAUUUAAUUUAACGAUUUCGCUAGCUAAGUUGAUUCGAGUCUAAUUCUAGAACCUGAAACAGUCUGUAGAGAAUAACGAUUUCCACAGGAGCGUCGAGCGCGGAGUGGAAAUUUUUAUGUACUAGAUAAACGAAUACAAAUAAAAACAAGCAAUAUAACAAAAUAGGGUUUCAACCGAUUAAACGAAUAUACAUUAUUGAAGUAAUGAAAUGAUUGUUUUAAAUGUUGUAACAAAUGAUUAAUGUACAUAUUAAUGUUAGCAUAAGAGAGAUGAUGCAAUUAUAACUACUUUUAUGUAACAAAAAUAAAAUGAAGAAUGAAAUUUAGCA